AUGGUGGAACACGGGGAGAUCCGCGUGGUUCACAGAGGAGGCAGUAAACUUAACUUUAGACAACCUAUCUUUACUCACGAUUCAAGGUUCUUGCUGUGUGCGUCUGGAGAUGGAGUGAAAGUGUUCAGUGCCUCCACAGAAGAGUGUGUCCACCACCUCCUCGCACACACCGGCCUCGUCACAGGACUCUCCCUGCGACCGUCCAACCAACUGCAGGUCUUUUCUUGCUCACUAGAUGGCACUGUCAGACUGUGGGACUACACAGACGGCAUUCUCAUAAAGACAUUUUCGAUUGGCUGUCCCAUUUAUGCAGUAUAUUCUUCGGGAAGCCAUGAUGGAGUCCUGUUUCUCACUGUACCAGCAAAGGAUGACAAGAAGUCAGACACGUUUCGGUUGGUUGCGGUGCAGUUGCCGCAGAGCCCAGAACAGUUUGUCGAAGCGCGAGAGUUUUCUGCCGUUCUCGAAGACGUCAGUUCAAACCCUGCAGCUGUCAGUUUCGGACGAGGGGGUCAUUUUAUUGCUUCAGUGAAUAAUUUGCAGCUGGAGGUUUUCUUCUUCAAAAAACAGAAAUCGUACAGGUUUUAUCUCCCAGAAGACAACAAACAUGGGCAAAAGAAUACCUUCACGUGCACGACCUGUCACCCCAAAGAGGACUGCAUCGCCACCGGCCACGAAGACGGGAAAAUACGUCUGUGGAGAAACUUCAACCACAAAAAGGAGUACACUUACUCGACUCACCACUGGCAUCACACUGCAGUUGGGGCCUUAAGCUUCACCCCUGAAGGGACAAACUUUCUGAGUGGUGGAGGGGAGUCGGUGCUGGUGCAGUGGAGGUAUAACCAGGAGACGCAGAAGGACUUCCUGCCGCGUCUGGGAGCAGCCAUCAGCCACAUCUCCGUGUCUCCUGACGGCUGCUUGUUCUGCACCUCUCACUCCGACAACAAAAUCAUAGUCAUCCACAGUUACAUCAAAAUAUCUGCUGUGAUUCAAGGCCUUGUCCAGGGCGACAGAAUCAAGACGGAUCUGAUCGUUGAUCCUCUGAGCAAAGCUUUGGUGAUGAACGGAAAACCAGGACAUUUGCAGUUUUACUCACUCCAACGAGACAAACUCCUUUAUAAUUUGGACAUAGUGCAGCAGGAGUACAUCCACGAGUCAGGCCUGAACCAGUUCGACGUGGUCAAAGCAGACUUUGACACAGGUGGAAAAUGGCUGGCAACGGUGGAGGAAAGAAAACAAAACUCUGCUGAGCUCGAGCUGAAUUUGAAACUCUGGGCGUUCGACGAGCAGACGCAGAGUUUUGUGCUGAACACGACGGUCUCGGCUCCACACGAGGACCGCGUCACAGACCUGAGCUUCAGUCCAGACCAGACCACCCUCCUCGUCUCCACCGGCAACGACGGACUCUUCAAGGCCUGGACUCUGACUGCUCCCACUGCCGAGGAUGAAAGUGCGUCUUGGUCCUGUGACUUCGUGGGCUCCUACCACGGCUUGGCUCCGCAGUGCUGCAGCUUCUCGGCCGACGGCUCUCUGCUGGCGGUGGCGUUCCGGGAGGUGGUGACCGUGUGGAGCACUGUGACCUGGGACCUGCUCACCACGCUCUCCCAGCCCCCAGGAGACAUCAGAAAUCUGUGCUUCGGACGACAGAGCUGCUCCAAGUAUCUAUUGGGAACCACCGACAAGAACCAACUGUGCUGCUGGAACCUGCUCACCUGCUCCUUGGAGUGGAGCACCUCGAUGGACGUCUCUCUGCUCUUAUCUGAUCCGCUCUCUGAAAACAUGGCCGCCUUCUGCUCUGAGGCCGGAUGCACGGACCUGUUUGUGUUCAGGCCCAGUGAGCCGCGGCCGCUCUUCUCCCACAAAGCAGUGUGUCCCGGGCGGGUGCUGAGAGCCGUUUUCACUCCCAGAGAGGAGCCACUAGAGGGCAGCGAGGAGCAGCUCCAGUGGAUCAACCGCUCACAGCUGCACUUCUUCUCUCCCAACAUGGAGCUCUUGACGUUCUCGACUAAAGCUGAAGAGGACAGACUGACUGCCUCCAGCAAACAGCUUGUGAUUGACGACCACGUUGCCAUGACUCCCUUCUACCUGUUGCUGGGAAAACGGCCUCAAACUGACGCCCGGGAAGUUGCCGCGGUGACGGACAGAGUUCAACCUCCGCAGGGCUCCAGCGCCAUCAGAGAGCUGCUGCAGACGCCGGCCCACGUGCUUCCCUCCACGUCACAGCUGUGCUCCAUGUUUGUUCAGUCUCUGCUCGUCUCCACCGCAGACAAAAGGGAACCGACCAACGUGACCGAGGAGGAAAUGGAAAGCGAGAAAGAGGAAGAGGAUUCUGAGGAAGAGGAAACGAGUCGUGUUACUGCGAUCAAGAACCAGGACCAGACCAGAGACCCCAAAGAUCCAGGACUGACCAAAGCCCAGACCAGGGAGCUGAGGCAGCUGCGGAAACUGGACUACAGCUGGGUCGGUGCCCUGGUGGAAUUUUAG